UCAACCCACGGUUGCACUCUGCGCGCACAUUGUUUUUUUUUAAGAAAAAAUGGACGAAAAAGUCUUGCCAAAGUUCGUCUUGCCUUCCCCCAAAUUCUCUAGGACCGAAAAUGAGGCAAACAGGACAACAAUGCACUAUUUGACGCCCAGUGGCAUGACCUUGCUGCCCCGCGCCAAGCAGCCCCCGCCGAUGUACGGCGCGCGAGGCAGCACAGUACCAGCCAAAUAUCUACCCGUCGAACAGAGCCCGAUUACAUGCAUGCCACAAGCUCCACCAAUUUACAAAUCUCCGCCCCGUCCCGAGCACUGUCACAACUGUGGCAUGGAGCUGGCCAACGCGCAGGACAUGAGGCGACAUUUGGAGCAGCAUGAGACAUGUCCCGCAGAGGAUUGCGACUUUGCCGCCCUGCACAACAUAGUGGAGCGCCAUAUUGAAGCUAACCACAUAACUGGGCUGUAUACGAAAGUGAAAAGGGUGUGGACAGCCGAAGAUACAGCCGCCUGGCGGGCAGAACGGAGAAAGAAAUUUCCCACGGCAGCGAAUGUGGAACUGGCCAAGCGUGCCAAGGAACAGCGCCUCAAACGCGGGGAGCGCCUGGAGGCUUCCAAAUCUCGUUUUGGCAGACGCGAAGAUCGGGCACGUACCCGACCCAACAGCUAUCAAGAAAAGCGACCCAAAUCGAACAAAAAGGGUAAAGGAAAGAGCCUACACGUGGACAAGAAGAAGGCGGAUGAAAAUAUUCGCAAAGAAACAGAUGCCUUGCAAGAGGAAUCCUCAGAUGUAAGUGGCACAGGCGUGUCCAUGUUUCGCGGAACCGGACAAAUGUUAGACUACGAGCACUGCAAAGAUAACGUACAGGACAAGGAAAAUGUUCUAUGUGGCCUCUUGGGAAUGUACGGCUCGGAUAGUGAAGACAGCGAGAUUGAGGCCGAAGAAGAGAACCGAAGUCAAGGGCAGAAAAGUCCCCAAUUGGAGACAGUACGGCGUCUAGACAGCCCAGAGUGCAGCACAGUGGAGAAUGAAAGUUCUAGGGCUGAUCCAAUAGCCCCAAAUACAGCUGUCCAAAAAAACACCCCCCAAACUUCUGAGGAGCCCGCCAUCAGUUCAGAGGACCUGGACCUGCUCAAGGAAAACAACUGCUCUUCUGAUGAGGCACCUGAUGAAGUGCCCAUUCAGCGCGUAACCGAAUCAAUAUCAGAGCCGGCUAUAACCAAACCUCAAUUCGUCGAGCCGAAACCCGGACCCUCCCCAAAACCAGCUGCUCCGAGGGCACAGAAGCGUAUUUCCGGCCUCAACUACAAUCGAGCCCGUAAAACGACGAAACAGAAUACAAUGCUCUCCAAGCUGUUGGCCGCCGAUAUCCGCCAUGAGCGCAAUGUCCUGCUGCAGUGUGUGCGCUAUGUGUGCGAGAACAACUUCUUCGGCAUCGGAGCAAGCGACAAUAAAGAUCAAGUAAAGAAUAGUUGAAUAUACGUAAUUAUUAUUCCUAUUCUGCUUACGAGUAUGUAAUUGUGAUAAGCUGAAAAGCAGAAUUUCAGUUGCUUAAUUGUGUACCAUCGAAUAGAGUUGUACAAUAAAAUACUCCCACGCUGGAAACAUUUAUAAGCUGCCCGUCUCUCCACCAGGCUCAGACGUUUCUAGCAUUCAACUAUUUCUUCGUUCCACUUCUUGUAUAAGCCAAUGCCCUGUAUGAGCAGUACCACCUGAAUGACUGCAAGCCAAAUGAAUGUAAGCGAGAAAUCCAUUUAGUAGUGAGAAGCCAAACUUACCAAUCGGAAAUAUAAGGUAGCUCAUGAUACAUGGCCCAACGUUGCUCAAGCAUAGCCCUACACAGUAGACAGCCUUCUUUUUCUGCGAGUACAAACGGUAAUGUGUAGUAAUUAAGCCAAGCCACCAUUUGCGCCACUGCACAGGCAACACCUCUUACUUUGAAUACGCCAACGCGGAUCAAUAUCCCCGAGAUUAUAAGUAAAACGGCUCCAGACAUAUGCACACAUCCAGCAGUAAAAAAAAAGUCACCUUUUGAAGUAAAUAUGCUCAAGAGAUUAUCCUAAUCCGUUUAUGUAAGUCGUAUGUAUUUCCAAUAUUUACCUGACGUCGUCAUUAUUCUAUAUGACCAAUCCAUCGAGAGCAGGCCAAAGAUCACAUUCCAUAUUGCGAAAUUCUUCAUUGCAACUGAAAGCCGACAAUCUCGGCAACAUUUACACAUGUUUCAAAUUUCAUAAAUUGAAUAAAAGGCUUUGUAUGUGGGUGUAUCUUUCCAA